AUGAUUUCAACCAAAGGACAAGAUCGCUAUCUCGCUGCACUUGAAUUAUCCUGGAAAACAUCUUCAUCAAGGAAAACACUGGCAAAUUUUGCAGAAGAUGUUACAGCUCAUACAAUGAGUCACAUCUCAAGUCUUGCGUCUCCCGUUUUUCGUGUUCUUGGUGUUGGCAGUGGAAACGGGAAAACAGACUUGAGAAUUCUAAAUUCUAUAACAACAGCUAUGGUAUCGUCACAGAUGAAGAAACCAGUGAUACACACCACCAUCAUUGAACCCAGCAGUGACCUCAUACAGGAAUUCAAGUCAUCUGUAACACCAUUGCCGCAGCCAUUGGGUAGUCUGGCCGAUUUUUCCUUCGAAUGGCACCAGAAGACCUUUCAGCAAUUCAUCGAGUCGUUUCCACUCGAAGACUGCUUCGACAUGAUUCAUUUCGUAGCAGCCCUGUACUACAUGGAUGCCGAGAGCUCCUUAAAGAGCUGUCUUAAGCUGCUUGCCAACGGUGGAGCCAUGUUCUGCACAGUUGGACCAGAAAAAUCGUUUUUUCCGAAGCUGGCUAAAAUACUUCACACGGAUGGCGUUGAACAUGUCGAACUUGGCUCGGUGAAGAAGCUUUACACCGAGGUGGAUCUUGUGGAAAUUGCUAAAAGGAACAACUGGAAGUACGAAGAAUUAUGGACCGUUCAGUGCAAUGCCGAUAUCAGCUGCUGUUUUGAUGAGGCAUCAGCAGAUGGUGCCUUGCUUCUCGACUUCCUAACCCACAAAGAAAAUUUCCGAGCUAAUGCUGAAAAAGCAGUUUAUAACGAGGUCAUGGAGUUUUUGAAGAAAGAGGGCUUUACUGAUGAAAGUGGCAAGAAAUUUGUCACACCGGAAAUUACUGCAGUUGUAAUUUACAAAUAA